GUUCUGAAUGAUGACUGACGCGGGUUCUUGUGAUAGCCCUCACAGCCCCUGUCAUUCCGGAGUGAUAAGGAGCUCGCAUGCCUAGCCCCAACACCAGGGGGAGGGAAAACAAGCAGCAGCUCUGGAGGGAGGAAAGCUUCCGCUUGUGGACUGGACAAAAGUACCGCCUUCGCACUGGUGUCUGCCUGCAGCUCCUGAUCUAGACACCUCGCCCUGUCUUGCUCGCGGCUCUCCUAGGCAGAUGGUGUGUGGCCACCGCAGGACGCCCGCCGCGCCCGGGCCAUGAAGUAGCGGCUGCUGGUGGCGCCGCUGCCCGACCGCCGGCCCAGCCCGCGCUGCGCUGCCCGCUGAUCUCCCCGCGGGGCCGGAGCAGCGUGGACAUGGCUGGCCGCGCUCUUUGCCGGCUGCUUCUCCUCCUGCUCUUUCAAAGCAGCUGUUUCAGCUACAGAAGCCCACUUUCUGUCUUUAAGAGGUUUAAAGAAACUACCAAAUCAUUUCCCAAUGAAUGUACCUCCAGACCAGUAAUUCCAAUUGACUCAUCAGAUUUUGCAUUGGAUAUUCGAAUGCCUGGAGUUACCCCAAAACAGUCUGAUACGUACUUGUGCAUGUCAUUACGUUUGCCAACAGAUGAGGAAGCCUUCGUGAUUGACUUCAAACCUCGUGCCAGCAUGGAUACUGUCCAUCAUAUGUUACUUUUUGGAUGCAAUAUGCCUGCUUUCACUGGAAGUUACUGGUUUUGUGAUGAAGGAACCUGUACAGAUAAAGCCAAUAUUCUGUAUGCUUGGGCAAGAAAUGCUCCCCCCACCAGACUCCCAAAAGGUGUUGGAUUCAGAGUUGGAGGAGAUGCUGGAAGUAAAUAUUUUGUACUGCAGGUGCACUAUGGGGAUAUUAGUGCAUUUGGAGAUAAUCACAAGGAUUGUUCUGGUGUGUCCUUACAUCUCACACGUCUACCACAACCUUUAAUUGCUGGCAUGUAUCUUAUGAUGUCUGUUGACACUGUAAUACCAGCAGGAGAAAAAGUGGUGAAUUCAGACAUUUCAUGCCAUUAUAAAAACUAUCCAAUGCAUGUCUUUGCCUAUAGAGUUCACACUCACCAUUUAGGUAAGGUAGUGAGUGGAUACAGAGUAAGAAAUGGACAGUGGGCAAUUAUUGGACGUCAGAGUCCCCAGCUACCACAGGCUUUCUACCCUGUGGAACACCCAGUAGAUGUUAGUUUUGGUGACCUAUUGGCAGCAAGAUGUGUUUUCACUGGUGAAGGAAGGACAGAAGCUACUCAUAUUGGUGGUACAUCUAGUGAUGAAAUGUGCAAUUUAUACAUUAUGUAUUACAUGGAAGCUAAGCAUGCAGUUUCAUUCAUGACCUGUACACAUAAUGUUGCCCCAGAUAUGUUCAGCACCAUACCACCAGAGGCCAAUAUUCCGAUUCCUGUGAAGUCUGAUAUGGUUAUGAUGCAUGGUCAUCACAAAGAAACAGAGAACAAAGAUAAGCCUUCUUUACUGCAGCAACCAAGACGAGAAGAGGAGGAAGUGUUAGACCAGGGUGAUUUCUAUUCACUUCUUUCCAAGCUGCUAGGAGAAAGGGAAGAUGUUGUUCAUGUACAUAAAUAUAAUCCCACAGAAAAGGCAGAAUCAGAAUCAGACCUUGUAGCCGAGAUUGCAAAUGUAGUCCAAAAGAAGGACCUUGGUCCGUCUAAUGCCAGAGAGGGUGCAGAACAUGAGAGGGACAAUGCUGUUCUUGUCAGAGACAGAAUCCACAAAUUCCACAGAUUAGAAUCAACUUUGAGCCCAGCAGAAAACAGAGUUUGCUCAUUGCAGCAGCCCCUAACUGGUGAAGGCACCUGGGAACCAGAACACACAGGAGAUUUCCAUAUUGAAGAGGCACUGGAUUGGCCUGGAAUUUACUUACUACCAGGUCAAGUUUCUGGGGUUGCUCUGGAUGGUGAGAACAACCUGGUGAUUUUCCACAGGGGUGACCAUGUCUGGGAUGGAAACUCUUUUGACAGCAAGUUUGUUUACCAGCAAAGAGGACUUGGACCAAUUGAAGAAGAUACCAUUCUUGUCAUAGAUCCAGAUUAUGCUUCUGUACUUCAUUCCAGUGGCAAAAAUCUGUUUUAUUUGCCACAUGGCUUGAGUAUAGAUAAAGAUGGAAAUUAUUGGGUCACAGAUGUGGCUCUCCAUCAGGUGUUCAAAUUAGAUCCAUAUAGCAAAGAAGGCCCUUUGCUGAUCCUGGGUAGAAGCAUGCAACCAGGGAGUGACCAAAAUCACUUCUGUCAGCCCACUGAUGUUGCUGUGGAUCCAGAGACUGGAACCAUCUACGUAUCUGAUGGUUACUGCAACAGUCGGAUUGUGCAGUUUUCACCCACUGGAAAGUUCAUCACACAAUGGGGAGAAGUGUCUUCAGGAAGUAAUCCUAAACCAGGCCAGUUCACUGUUCCUCAUAGCUUGGCUCUCAUACCUCAUUUGGGCCAGUUAUGCGUGGCAGACAGAGAAAACGGCCGGAUCCAGUGUUUUAAAACUGACACCAAAGAAUUUGUGAGAGAGAUCAAGCAUGCAUCAUUUGGAAGAAAUGUAUUUGCAAUUUCAUAUAUUCCAGGUUUGCUCUUUGCUGUGAAUGGGAAGCCUUAUUUUGGAGACCAACAACCUGUACAGGGAUUUGUAAUGAACUUUUCAAAUGGGGAAAUUAUAGGCAACUUCAAGCCAGUACGCAAGCACUUUGACAUGCCUCAUGAUAUUGUUGCGUCUGAAGCCGGGACAGUGUAUGUUGGAGACGCUCAUGCUAAGACCGUGUGGAAGUUCACCUCGACUGAAAGAAUGGAACAUCGAUCAGUUAAAAAGGCUGGCAUCGAAGUCCAGGAAAUCAAAGAAGCCGAGGCAGUUGAGACCAAAAUGGAAAACAAACCCACUUCCUCAGAAUUGCAGAAGAUACAAGAGAAACAGAAACUGAUCAAAGAACCAGGAUCAGGAGUAUCCGUUGUUCUCAUUACAACCCUUCUGGUUAUUCCGGUUGUUGUCCUGCUGGCCAUUGCCUUAUUUAUUCGGUGGAAAAAGUCAAGGGCCUUUGGAGCAGAUUCUGAACACAAACUCAAGACAAGCUCAGGAAGAGUAUUGGGAAGACUUAGAGGGAAAGGAACUGGAGGCUUAAACCUUGGAAACUUCUUUGCAAGCCAUAAAGGCUACAGUCGGAAAGGGUUUGACCGCCUUAGCACCGAGGGAAGUGACCAAGAGAAAGAUGAAGAUGACGGAAGUGAAUCAGAAGAGGAGUAUUCUGCACCUCUGCCUCCACCAGCACCUCCCUCCUCCUGAAAACCAGGCUUUGAUUUAGGCUGAGCGAGAUUUUACCAAGAAUGCCAGAUUCCUUCUUUUUAGCACGUUUAAAGCUUUGUGUAUUUAAUUGUAACUGUACUAGUCUGUGUGGGACUGUACACAUUUUAUUAACUUCCUUUUUGAGUUGAUUGGCUUUGGUUUCUAGUUGAAGAAUUUCCUAAAUCUUCCUAACAGUGCCAUUGUCUUUACAUGAACAUAGAAUAAAGAAGCAGUUGUCUUCUUCCAUCAUAGUACUAAUUGAAAUGAUGGGAUAUUUGCUCAUUUUCAUUUUUGAGACUUUUCUGUGGAUGUAAAUAAUCCCACUUUCUGCUUGAACACAGUAUUUCUCCAAUAGCACUUCCAUUGCCAAUGUCUUUCUUUGGUGCCUUUCCUGUUCAGCACUCUCAGCCUGUGGCAGUAAAGAGAAACUUUGUGCUACAUGAUGAUAAAGCUGCUAAAUCUCCUUCUAUUUUUUUAAAAUCACUAGCAUUAUAUUGCAAUGAGAAAAGGAAAAAAGUCUCUAUUUAAAUUCUUUUUUUAGUUUCUUCUUUAGUUGGUGUGUUCUGGGAUGUCUUAUUUUUAGAUGGUUACACUGUUAGAACACUAUUUUCAGAAUCUGAAUGUAAUUUGUGUAAUAAAGUGUUUUCAGAGCAUUAGCUGUCAGUGUAUUUUGCAAUUUUUGCAGGCUUUUGUAUACAACUUUUGUAAUAUUUACACAAACCACCAAUAACUUUCUCAAUGUCUUCAACCAGCAGAAAUGUGUUGUAUUGUAUAAAAUAUAGAAGAUAUUUUGUUAUAUAGCCAAUACAGAUUGGAAACAAGACUAAGAAUUUACAUACAUGUGUUAAAGCAGGCUUUCUAUUAACAUAUAAAGAUGAUCCUUGCCUGUAUAUAAAUCAGAAAGUAAAUACUUUAAUAAAAAGUGAUCAUAGCUAAGAGGAAGCCUGUGUCUCAAAUUACAUAUACAAAUUAUUUCAUCAGUGUAGGUUACUAUUAAUAUUUUU